UUCGAAAGUCGAUUCCGGAAAUGGAGGCAGCUCAGAUUCGGCUUUGGUGACGGUUUGUGUUUGAUCCCUCCUCGGAGAUCCACGUCGUCGGACACGAAGCGAUACAUUGGUGCAACUCCUUCAACGAGUGGUACUCCUACGCAUCGAUCGGCUGUUACGGUUCCUGUUGGGUGCCGCUCGAGUCCUAUGGCUCGAAGGACAUUUACGCUCGAUUUAAAUGGUCCUGAUCAUGCACAGCGUGAGCUUGAUGACAUUGAACAACGGUAUGAAUCUGUCAAGCGGAAUUCAGGGAUUCUCCGGUUAAAAGGCGAGGUGGUCAAAGCGAAUUUUCAAGAUUUGCAGUUCAUAUCGGAUAUUGGGAAUGGCAGCUGUGGACAUGUAUCUAAAAUGAGCUAUAGAGGCCAUGUGAUGGCUGUUAAGGACAUGGUCCGAACUUCGAACAAAGAGGACAAUAAACGCAUAAUUAUGGAUUUGGAUGUGAUUUCACGAGCCGAGGCCUCCCAUCACAUAGUUUUAUGCUACGGCUAUUUCAUAUCGGAGACGAGUGUCAAAGUUUGCAUGGAAGUCAUGGCGUCUUGCCUUCAUACUCUCCUACGAAGUGCAAAUCGUUUGGGAAUCCGAAUUGCUGAGGGCUACAUCGGAAAGAUGACGGUGUGUAUUGUGCAAGGUCUCGACUAUUUGAAGGACCAUCUUAAUGUGAUUCAUCGUGAUGUGAAACCAUCCAACAUUCUCUUGGAUUGGAACGGUGCAGUGAAGCUGUGUGAUUUUGGUAUCAGUGGACAGCUGAUCGAAUCUCGUGCACAUACUGUACAGGCGGGAUGUCCACCCUACAUGGCUCCAGAGCGUUUCGAUCCACGAUUCAAUUCGGAUUACGACAUCCGAAGUGAUGUGUGGUCAGUAGGUAUAUCAUUGGUUGAACUAGCCACUGGGACGUAUCCGUAUUCCCAUAUCGAUUCCGAAUUUGCGAUACUGGCAGCUAUCGUACGUGAUCCAUCACCCACCCUUCCUGUAAAUAUGAACUUUUCCGUUCACUUCCACGAUUUCAUCGCACAGUGUCUUCAAAAAGAUUUCAAAUGUCGGCCGAAGUAUAAAGCCUUACUGAAUCAUCCGUUUAUUCUCAAUAGCAAACGAGAUCAAAUGCAUGACCUUGUCGUCUUGGUCCAAGAUACUGUCGUCUCUGAGGCCCUGUUUGAAGCAGUGCUAGCCAUGCUGAAGAAUGUCGGUUCUUGCGGGAUCAUUCGCUUACCAUGCCGAAAGGAGCGA